UGUCUGGAUGGAGGAGCUCCAGCCAGUGGUCCAUUGGCAUGGUGCUGAAAUCCUUUACCGGCUGCUACUCACAUCUUAUUGGAAGCUUACUGAAUGCAAUGAACUCAUCAGAGACGAUGCCAGUAAUAGCAGGCACACAAGCAGCUAAUGAUCUUGCCAGUUGAUGGGGAAGUGAUGCAUUGCCCAGAGCUAAAGCAAGUGGCUGGUGAUGACUUUGUACAGAAGGAGCCAACACAGACCUAGAGCUCACAGACUGCAAGAAGCUGCACUGCAUCAUCCAUCAGAGAUCCCUCUCCUCCCUCCUCUCACCCUUCUCUCUCUCUCUCUCCCUCUCUCUCUUUCAUUCUCUCUCUUUCAUUCUCUCUGUCUCUGUGUCUCAGUUGCUCUGAAAUCCAUUGCAAGCUGAGGAUCUCCCUGCUUCAGCAGCUCCAUUAUUUCCUAUGGGACACCUACAAUGACCACUUGCCCUGAUCUCCUGGUGCCGGUGGAGGCUAAGAUCCUGCUGAGCCCAUGGAACCAGUCCAGGGACCUGUCCGUGACUUUGCACCCCUUUAAUGCCAUCAGCAGGAACACCACCAGCAACAGCAAUGCCCCGGUGGAGACAGAGAGGGAUGUCAGCAUGAUAGUCAUCCAGUUCAUCUAUGCCAUCGUGUGCCUGAUUGGGCUGAUUGGGAACUCCAUGGUGAUUUUUGUCAUCUUGAGGUAUGCCAAGAUGAAAACUGCCACCAACAUCUACAUCCUGAACUUGGCGAUCGCGGAUGAGCUCUUCAUGCUCAGCGUGCCCUUCCUGGCCGCCUCCGCGGCUCUGCAGCAUUGGCCCUUCGGCUCAGGGAUGUGCCGCACGGUCCUCAGCGUGGAUGGCAUCAACAUGUUCACCAGUGUCUUCUGCCUGACCGUCCUCAGCGUGGACAGGUACGUGGCCGUGGUCCACCCCCUAAGAGCGGCCAGGUACAGGAGACCUACCGUGGCCAAGAUGAUCAACAUCUGCGUGUGGAUUGUGUCCCUCCUGGUCAUCUCCCCCAUCCUGAUCUUUGCCGACACCGAGUCCUCCAAGAACGGGGUGGUGGUCUGCAACCUCAUGUGGCCCCAACCUACCUGGUCCACCGUCUUUGUGGUCUACACCUUCCUCUUGGGCUUCUUCCUGCCGGUGGUGGCCAUCUGCCUGUGCUACAUCCUCAUCAUCAUCAAGAUGAGAGCGGUGGCACUGAAGGCUGGUUGGCAGCAGAGGAAGAAGUCUGAGAAGAAGAUCACCAGGAUGGUCCUCAUGGUGGUCACCGUCUUUGUCAUCUGCUGGAUGCCCUUCUACAUCGUCCAGCUCCUCAACCUCUUCCUGCCCCAGAUGGAUGCCACCAUCAACCACGUCUCCAUCAUCCUCAGUUAUGCCAACAGUUGUGCCAACCCCAUCCUCUAUGGCUUUUUUUCAGACAACUUUAAGAGGUCCUUCCAGAGGAUCGUGUGUUUUCGUUGGAUUGAGAAUGGGACAGAUGAGCCGGUGGAUUAUUAUGCCACAGCUCUGAAGAGCAAGGUGUGUAAUAACCACCCCUUGGACUUCCAACAGGAGCCCCUUCAAUCCGACCCUUGUUACAAACAUGGGACCAUCACAAGGACCACUACCCUAUAGCAGAGCCAGGGUGCCUUGUUUCCAAUUAACUGCUGCUAGCCGCACAUGCUAUGUUCUGAGGUUUACAUGUCUGUCCAAGGUGUCCCAGUCUGUGUCUGAUUUGUACUGAUGGUGGGUUCCAGUGAGCUUAAUAAAUUGUAAACACCAA